UUAUCUUUCUCUCUAAAUCUUAUGUUCUUCUAAUCCAUCUAUAUCCUUAGAGAUUAGAGUUGCUUCCUGAGAUCCAAUUGUCACGUAGAUCGUGACAAAUGGUAUCAGAGCACUCGAUUCCUUGUGAACGAGUGAUAAUGAUAAUCAACAGAGUUGAUUUUGAAGCUGAAGUGAAGAAUUCAAUUGUCGAAUUGAAGGUUGGAUUUGAAGCUGCAGUGAAGAAUUCAUUUGCUGAUUUAAAGGUUGUGUUGGAGGCUUUCACUACUAAGUUAAGGGAUGUGGAUGAUUGCUUAAACAAGAUGAAAUCGGAUGAAGAUUCACUCAAACCCUUAUCCGAAGAUGUUGAAUCGAAAUCAGUGAGUGAUUUUACUCUCUAUUCUUCAACUCCUGUAGAUUUAAAUCUAGCAGAUGAAGGAAAUUAUAAAUCUACAACCAAAGCUCAAAUCUCUCAUAUGGAUGAAGCUGUUUUUGAAGUUGAAGUUCAGAAAUAUCAUGGUGAUUCAACAUUUCUAGCUUAUCAAGAAGACUUGAAUGGGUCUUUAAAUGUCAAGGAAGAUGACAAUGGUGAUACUAUAAGAUUGUUGGAUAAAAUUUUGCAGCAAGUCAUUAUUAUGUGGAUUAUUUCGACACUUCAAAAGACCAGGGAAAGGAAGCUCGGGAAUGCACAAGAUACGUUUGAGCAACUGCUGGUAAAAGAUUUCAGACUACUUACAUAUAUGAAAGUAUAUUGGAAGGGGUUCGAGGUGAUAGAGAUAGCCGCAACAAGCUGCAAGUUAUUCAUUCUCAUAGUGUUCCGCCCUUUGGUUUUCUUACCAAAUUUUGAUUUAACAUGGAUUUUGUUCGAUUCAUGGAGUAUGGAAAACGGUUGUGGUUAUAUAUUGGUUUCUGUUGGAUUACUUGCAUACCGUAGCUCUAUUGUUUGCAUCAAUAAGGGUUUGGAUUCCAGCUAUGAUGAGACUCACCUGUUACAACUUAAGAGUGGAUUGUAUUGAAGAUGGGAACAAACAGUGAACAACAUUUGUGUUCUUAUUGUUGUGAGGUAUUCUCGCUAGAGUUUGAUUAUUUCCAGCAACUGCAACUCAUGCUACACUUUCCUAGGGAGUAUGUGAUAAAAUCUGUUAUUGCAAGUAUUACUAAUACUAGAAGAGGAAAGUCUCAGUACAAGGAAGUGAGCAAAUUGCAGUACAAUCUUGAUACUGUAGAGGUAUUAAUGAUAUUCUUCAUUUUCUAUUAUUAUAAGGGAUAACAGUGGUGGAAAUGCAACACACGAGUGGCUGGAUGAAUUACUUAAAGAAAUGAUUAAUACUGUAAGUUUGCAGAUCAAAGAGUGGUCAACUAACAAUGGGGCUAUCUUCCACAUGAGAACUUUAUGGGCUAAAGAAAACAAUAUGGAAGCAUUCCUGGACCUUACAAUGGGUGGUACUCUCACCACUGUAAUCACUCUACAUCACAAUUAUCUACUUGGUAUAAGCAGAGUACAAAGGAGCACUAAUUUGAUUGAGUAUGCCCACAUUAUUACAAGUGUUUUAUCUACCUGGGUAUGGACAUGAUCACUCCUCUUACCUUCGAGCACUACGUUCAGUUGGGAAUCAGAAGCUGGUUUUGGUGCCAGUCAUAAAAACUGCAGGUUGGAGGUAAUCAUGUUCAUUUUAGAUCCAUGUAUUAUUGGUUCUAAAAGCUGGAAUAUGUCAAAUUCUGUUUCAAGUUUAACAUGUUACUCCCUUCUGUACAACGGCAUAUCUCUGAGUGCUUCAUACUGUAAACCUGAAAUUGAGAAGAUUAUUGUUGUGAGCAUUUUCUGGGUUGUGGAAAGUAAUAUUGACAAGAAUAUGAAAGUGGGUGCUUGGAUAUUCAACAGGAUACAACCACAUUUACAAGAACCUUCAGCUCGAAAGCAACACUAACUGGUAAUGAAGCUCUCCACCUCUAAUGGCACAGAACUACAGGGAAAGGAACAGGCUGUCAAGUUCAUGCUAUCAGCAAGUGCAUUACUGAGAUGCUCAGCAUACAUUGAGAUAUUAACUUCUAGUUCAACUAAUCGUCAUAUCUCCAAGAUUAUUAUACUCAAGUAUGAAGAGGUAAUCGCAGGUACUAUCACUACUUUACAUGGCCAUCUAAUUAACUUAUUGCACAUUAAAGGCUACAUACUUCUUAAAAGGUCUUGGCAUAAGUUGUACACCACAAUAGCUACUUCUCUACAAGUCAGCACAAAUCACCACUCUCAUACAGCUCAUUCAAUGGAGUAAAUGAAUACUUCCAUCUCACACAAUGGCCUGGUGCGAUGCUUCCUUGUCAUGGUUUUGUAUGAUUGCUACAAGGUUGAAUAUGAGAAGUUAACUUUGAAGCCAAAGUCCUCAUCAGUUCAAUUAGUUGGCAUCAACAUGAAAAUGACUUACUGCACCAAAUAUGAAUGUGUUUCUGUCAUUAAGAAGAUGAAAGUGUGUUAUGCAUGGGUUUACAACCAGGAAGCGAUUAUGUCUGCAGUCUUUGUGGAAUUUCUCAAAUGUUUGAAAGUGUAUGUACAAGUUCAUUGCAAAGAAGUUAACACACAAAUGCUUGUUUAUACCCCGACUGAUAUGAGAGAAGGUCAUUACGCGCUGAAAGGUGAAGCAUCGAUUGCUUUUGAAGAAGUACAACCAAUCUUGAUGCCUAUAGUUCAGAUGCAUGGUUUAAUUUUUAGCUUGGUGUUGAAGUUGUGAAGCUCACAUUCAAGAUGGGGAUGCUAGUCUGCCACACCUGUGUUUCCCAAAGGUCGAGCUCUUUUCAUAUCCUUGAGGACAAGGAUAAUUUGAAGGAGUGGGAUUUGCCAUAAAUGUUAAGGGAAGACCUCACUUGUUAAGGGGAAACCAUUUACCUUCUUUUGUGUUUUAUCGUUGGGGCUGUUUUAGCCAUAGGAUUAGUGUAUUUCUAUCCUUGUUGUCACGUGCUUCGUAUGUAUUGCUUGUUGAGUUGUAAUUCGAUCCUUAUAAGUACAAACCUGAUGUUUUAGCUAGGUAUGAAAAUUAGUAAAUCAAAAUUAUCUUUCUCUCUAAA